AUCCCGUCUUGGAAUGUUCUGAACUCUUUCGGAAUUUGGUUCCUCUUGAAACGAAUGGACAGGUUUCUAUGUCCAUGUGUGAUGUUUUUGCCCACUCUUGGAUGUGAGAGUUGAACUCAGACGUCCUUCAUGAGAAGAGUGGCAAAUCUGCCAAGGGAGACUUCGGAAACCAAGGAGGGCGUUAUAAAAAUUGCGUUGAAUAUCAAGGAAGCCUGGAAAAGACUGAAGCUCUGCUAAAGCAAACAGCAAGAGGGAGAAUCUGUUCUGGGCUUGCAGAGCUGAGCUGGUCCUUAAUCCUUGCCAAACAGGACUAAGCCCAAACCAGAACAAAGACAGGUGGAUUGCGUCUAAUAUACAGAAUCAGAGCCAGACUCAAAGAAAAGAAAAUAAGAAAAACCUAGGUGGAAUCUAGGCCAAAAUCCAGCUGACAACUACAAUAAGGUCACUUUGCAGACCGAAACCUUGGAGUUGAAAGGAAGGAAGUCAUUCUAAACGUGCCAAGAUGAUGACCAUGAUGAUGAUGAUGGCGGCCAUGAUGGUCACCUGCAGCUCUCUGUUCCUGCUCGGUCUGGCCGCCGCCCAUGCUUCCUCCAGCACCAUGACCCGCACUUCCUCUACAUCUUCAUCCUCCUCUUCCUCCCCCUCCUCAUCCUCCUCUUCCUCCUCCUCACCACGCAUGAAGCUCUCAUACAAAGAGUUGCAGCAGUUUCAUGGAGUACGGCGGUUCGAGCUUGAGCGUUCCUGCUGCUUCAGCGCUCUGCUUUUGGAUGAAGAAAGAGGCCGCCUCUUCGUCGGGGCCAAGAACUUCCUGCUGUCGCUGUCAUUAGAUAAUAUCGCCAAGCAGGAACAUAAGAUCUAUUGGCCUGCUCCUGUCGACUGGAGGGAGGAGUGUAACUGGGCUGGCAAGGAUAUCACUUCCGACUGUGUGAACUAUGUGAAGAUCGUGCACCACUAUAACCGCACCCACUUGUACGCCUGUGGAACUGGGGCCUUCCACCCGACCUGUGCCUUUGUGGAGGUGGGACACAGGAUGGAGGACCAUGUGUUCAGGAUUGACCCCUCGAAGGUGGAGGACGGGAAAGGGAAGAGUCCGUAUGAUCCACGCCAUAAUGCUGCAUCUGUACUCGUCGGUGAUGAGCUAUAUGCAGGCGUGGCCACAGACUUAAUGGGACGGGACUUUACUAUCUUCAGAAGCCUGGGAAAACGCCCCUCCAUCCGUACUGAACAGCAUGACUCCCGCUGGCUUAAUGAACCAAAGUUUGUUGGUUCCUUUUGGGUCCCAGAAAGUGAAAACCCUGAUGACGACAAGGUGUUUUUCUUCUUUCGUGAGACGGCGGUUGAGGCCCAGGGUCUGGGAAAGUCCACCUACUCCCGCAUAGGACAGCUGUGCAGGAAUGACAUGGGCGGUCAGCGAAGUCUGGUGAACAAGUGGACGACAUUCCUCAAGACCCGUCUAAUCUGCUCAGUGCCAGGGGCCGACGGCAGCGACACGUACUUUGACGAGCUGCGCGAUGUGUUCCUGCUGCAAACGAGAGACAGAAAGAACCCUCUGGUCUACACUGUCUUCUCCACUUCCAGCAGUGUAUUUAAAGGCUCAGCUGUGUGUCUCUACUCCAUGAAUGACAUCCGGAGGGCCUUCCUGGGGCCCUUCGCUCACAAAGAGGGGCCAAACUACCAGUGGGUCCCCUUCCAGGGAAAAGUCCCCUAUCCACGCCCAGGAAUGUGUCCCAGCAAGACAUUUGGCAGUUUUGAGUCCACAAAGGGUUUCCCAGAUGAUGUUAUCCAGUUUGCACGCCACCACCCUCUGAUGUACAACCCAGUGUACCCUAUGAGCCGACGGCCCAUCUUUGUCAGAACUAACGUGGACUACAGUUUCACACAGAUUGCCGUGGACAGAGUCAACGCUGCAGAUGGACAGUAUGACGUCAUGUUUAUCGGCACAGACAAAGGAACAGUACUAAAGGUGAUAAAUGUCCCCAAGGAGAGCUGGAACAACAUGGAGGAACUUCUACUGGAAGAGCUGGAGGUCUUCAAAGAUGCCUCAUCUAUUAUUGACAUGCAGAUCUCCUCAAAACGGCAACAGCUGUAUCUGGGCUCAGACACAGGCAUUGCCCAGGUUCCCCUUCACCGCUGCAGUGUGUAUGGGAAGGCCUGUGCUGAGUGCUGCUUGGCCAGAGACCCAUACUGUGCCUGGGAUGGAACAUCCUGUACUCGCUACCUGCCAAACACCAAAAGACGCUUUCGUCGCCAAGAUGUACGGAACGGGGACCCCAACACCCUGUGCUCUGGAGACCACCAUAAGCAUCGCGUUGCAGAGAGGAAGCUUUAUGGAGUUGAGGGAAGCAGCACUUUCCUGGAGUGUAUUCCUAAAUCCCUUCAGGCUAGAGUCACCUGGACCUUCCAGAAACAUCCACAAAAUCCAAGGGAAGAGGUGCGUCUAGAUGACCGCAUCCUCCAGACAGAUAGAGGCCUUUUGAUCCGCCGAGUCCUGAAGAGAGAUAUCGGCCUCUAUCAAUGCCAUGCCAUGGAACAUGGCUUCACCCAAACCUUACUAGGCAUCACCUUGGAAGUUGUACCUUCAACAUCCUCUUCAGUCUCCAAUCUACCCUCUGACGCCCCUGUCCGAUUAGACCCCCGCAGCGCAGGUGGGCCCCCAAUGACCAAUCAAAAGCUUUGGUACCGGGACUUCAUGCAGCUGGUGGACCACCCUAACCUGAGCACCAUUGACCAGAUUUGCGAGCAAGUUUGGGCACGAAAAAACACCGGCGUUGACCAAGUGGAUAAGACCUUCCCCGCACCAGUGAAGGACGUCCCGCCUCUUGGCCCUGCUGUCCGCCCAGCAAACAAGAAGUGGAAGCAUCUUCAAGAGAUAAGAAAGGGGAGAAACCGCCGGACCCACGAUGGAAAACCAAACCCUCGGGCGCCUCGCAGUGCAGGGGAGUAACGACAUAAAGACGUGGAGGGAGAAAAGAAUGACUGAUCCAAGAUAAACGGAGGAGAUUGUUAGUUAGAGUCUGAGACCAAGAACUCCUGGAGGUGUUUACACAUACAGAUACACAAACGCACAUAAAACACACGCAGACACACACACACAGCACCUCCUCUAUUGUGUAUAUUUAUCUAUGGAUGCCCCCACUAUAUGGUACCCCAAUCCCUGAGUCCUCGUCCCACUGGCCAGCCCCUGCAUGUGCUGCCUUACUGCCCAAAUUGAUUCUGCACGAUCCCUUUACACUGUUCCAGUAGCGUAGUCGAGUGUACAGCAGGUAUGUGGGAGUGAGUCCGCCUUUAUCUGUUGGCAAUAAACUUACACUUACCUGUCAGUCCCUUUACCACUGACUGAAUAUGGAAGGUGGGUUCACAGCACAGGAUUACUACAUCUUUCAUUGGGUAAAGUUUGCCUACUACAUGCCAGCUACAUGUUAUAUCUGGAUAGUGGCCCACAGUAUAACUGGACUACACCAAUUAUAACAAAAACAGCCCCAAAGUUUUGGAUGACCUAUACUCACGGCUUUUCUUACCUGAAGAUUUCAUACCAAUGUAGAAAAAUUGUGGACUCGAGUUCUGCGCAAAAUGGGAGAGAAUUGAGAAACUGGAAUAUACUGGUCUGUAACUGGAAACACAUUUAACUAUAUGUGCAAUUGUACAAGCAUGCAGACAAACACUUUUUUUUAAACAUUAUUUCUACCAAAACACAUCAACUUCCUGUGGUGCUUUGUUGCACAUAUUUCCAGCAACCUCACUUUUCACAUGGUUUUGUGUGCAAAUUACAUAAUGCAGUCACAGAAGAGGUAGAGUUGCCAGCAGCGUGGGGCAGCCUGUGGAACAGAUCAGCAUGUUGCAAAACUGGUUAUAUUAUAUAGUAUAAGUUUUUUAGUGGUUUCCUUAGGCACAUUGAGGCAUGUUGCAGCAAAAUAAAUCCCACAAUACUUGCAGUCACGGUUAGUUGUAUCUGGCAAGAUAUAAUUAUAUGGCUUAACUGGUCCAAACCACUAGAGAAUGAGGGGUGGAAAAACUACUGGCAUUCCAUGAUGUGAGAGGAAGAUGAGAUGUUUACAGUACACAGACAAAGCUGGAGCACAAAGAAGUCAAUCUCUCAAAGCAAACAAGACCUGGAUUACAUCUAGAAAAGUUAUGUGGUAUAUUUAACAAAUGUUGUAAUAAGCAUCAGAAGUGCAUAUAGAAGAAGAGUUUUGAUAUGAUCCAAAACCUCACUCUAAAACUCACUAUUUACAGGUUUUUAAUUGGUUUUUAUUUUAGGCUGUGUUUAAUGUUUUUUGCAUUAACAUUGAGGAGAGAUCAUGAACAUGUUGGUUUGGUUUGGAAGCAUUAACACGAUGAGGAGGAAGAGGGAAGUGGACUCUAUGACAACCCAUGUUUUUGGGCUACAGUACAGUAUAUAUUAGCAUGAUAUUUAUGAGUGAUUUUUUUUGUAUUCUAAGCGGUACUUCUACUCCUUGCUCUUUUACACUGUUUCUGCAUAUGUUGUUUGUGAUAAAUAGAUAUAUGCAAAUAAUGAGAUGAGCGAGAUGCCGACUUCUCAUUCAGCACGGUAAAAUGCACAGAAUUCUUCUGCGCCACCCACAAUGCAUUUCACUGUCUGCAAAAAAAACAAAAAAACUUCCAUCUGACUUCAUACACUGUUGGAAUCACUUCUCAACGUAGUGUUAGUCAUUUAUAUCAUUGACUUUUGCUGCUUAAUGAUGUCAUCUCUUCCUAAUGGACAAUUAGUAUGAUAAAGUCUUCCUUCUCUCUGUCUUUAGUCUAAUCUCUCUCUGUGUAUUAUCUGUAAUAAAACCUUGUUUGUUGGUCGUCUGUGCUAACAUAGUGUGUGUAGCCUGCCCCCCUUAGUGUCCAUUGUGUGUACAGGCUUCAGAAGUGGGGCCUAACUGUGGUACCAUUAUUACAGUCUAUCCACAUGAUAGCAACUGGCCGUGUAAGAUAAAACAUGCAUUUAUGUUUUAUUCAUGAAAUCUUAAUGAUUUUUUUAUGAUGAAAAUUUGAUCUGACUUGUGUUGCUGCCACAGAUUUGGCUUUUUUGUGUGUUCAUUAAUUCACACAGGAUCUGCUAAGUGGAGGUAGCACAAAUUAGGUCUGUGAGUGGAUUUUAGAUGUAUGGAAUCAUUGUCAUUGUUAUUUAUAUACCUUCUUUAUAGAGAUGUAAUUAACUCUUUAAACUGAACUGAACUGACUGACUCCUGUAAAAGACUGACUCUGCAUUUUGACACAUCUGGAAUUAACUGCAAAAAGAUAACAAAAAAAGAGUUAAAUGAAGAUGCUGCCUGUCUGCAUUUAAACCACAGAACUAAUUGAGUUUAGAUUACUAAUUCACUAAAUUAAAAUUUUUAGUCCUGUAGUUUUCUUAAGUAAGAGAUAAUCUACAUUGGUGGUGAUGUCAAAUAUGCUUGAGUCUCUCUUUUAAGCCAGCUGUUGUUUUGUGCUCUUUUGGAAUUGCAUGACCAAUGUUAGUGGCUAACGCGUUUGACAAUGGUGCGGUGGCAAGAAAGAGUGAGAGAAAGAAAGCACAAUGUUGAAUAUUAUUAUUAUUCCUAUGUAUUUAUGUGCAAAGAUAAGCUGAUAUGUUGUGGUGGAUUUUUAUUUUUCUUAUAAAUGUAGAUUUACAUCUGUAUUGUUCCUGUUCUGCUGAAAAGGACUCAUCCUCAACAUUUUGUUGGACAUUACAGCCAAUGGAAAAAAAAACAAAAAACAAAAAGUUCCUCCCGAACAGUGUCCGAUUAGAGUCUUUGUUGUUCACACAGCCCUCCAAUCAGCACUCCUGUUGUAUCCCAUGCCAUGUGACGCACCCCUGAACAAUAGCUCGCAAGGAGAGGCUUGUGUGUCUGUGUAUUUGUGUGAGUGAAUUGAGUGAGAGAGAGAAUUGUAUGCUUGUGGUUCAUGUGUGUGAGAGUUUUGGGGGGAAAGCAGAGCUCUGUAUAUAAUGGCAAAGGAACAGUGUGUAUGUGCAUAGAGCGGUCUGUAGGUGAGAGUUCAAAGGUCGAAGGCCAAAGUUAAUGUGGUGCACUGUAAUACUCCCAGAGGUCUUUGUGAAAUGUCAUGUCAGAUUGUUUUUGAUUAACACAAUAAAAAUAUGCAGUUACUUAAAAA